GGUGCCUAACUCUCUGCGUUUCGGGAAUUCCUGGUUGGCGGACGCAGCGAAAGCAAGGUACGCGUUUUGCAAGGCACGCACAGCUCGGCUUCAAACUAAAGACAUGGCCGAAAACGCAGCGCAAGGACCGGCGUCCAUGGAGUCUGCAAGCAGCGGAGGAACGUCGGUACAGAGCGGUCAGCGUGAAGCGCAAGGCAACUGGUGCCUUAUAUGCGAUAAGGUCCUCUGCAACAAGAAAAGCCUAGUGAGACAUCUCUCGCUGGCAACGCGCCCGGGCAGCAAGCUCCACGUGUGCCUGGAGUGCGGAGAGAAGUUGACUCUGGAGGCGCCCCUGCGAAACCACGACCACACCGACAUAACCACGAACGCAGUCCAAAGAGCGGCGUCCAUGGACUCUUCAAGCAGCACCAGUAGCAGAGGAGUGCCAGCACGCAAUGGCCAGGGGUCAGUAGAAAGGAUGGGUCGAUAAUAAGCAAUGAUAUGUAAUCGCUACCCUUCAGCAAACAAC